AUGGCUGCCAAUAUCACUUUCGAGCACCAGCUCUUGUUUAGCAUCGAAUCUUCCAACUAUGUAGCAUUCUUCGAAGAACAGGAUCCCGUGUGUCCUCCCGAUUUCACGGAUGCUGGACUUGUUACGGUCAUUCCUACUCCAGACAAAAGCGGCAAUAUCGUGAAAGACGUUGAGGAGUACGUCCAUCGUGCUUCGGAGCAUGACGAUGUCUUCUGCGCUGCCUUUCUGUCCUCUGUCAUCGUGACUGGCGACUCCUGCGAGGGCAAGUUAGAGAUUGAAGACUUACCGCAAGCUUGGAGGACCACCAAGAUUGCAUGCCUCAGCACGAGAGGCUCCACUACGAUUCCAUUGCCAGGAUCGUACGUCUUGAAAGACCAAAGGCUUCGGCAGGUCUUUCGGCUCUACGAUGACGAUGUCAAUGCGUUUUCGAUCGCGUUUCGUCAUUCAGAAGCGAACAGACUCUCUCCUCUGAGAGUAGGCGGAUCUCGCCAUAAUGCAUGCUGCGUAGCAGUUCCAUCUCGUCUCCGAUUCCAGCCCUCACCUUCGAAACCUCUCCAUGGGACGCGAAUCACAGUCAAAGACAUUUUCGACAUCGAAGGCCUCCGCACUUCCCUUGGCAGCAGAGAGUACCUCAAGCUAUACCCGCCAGUGUCAACCACUGCCCCAUCCAUUCAGAAACUGAUAGAUCUAGGGUGCCAUGUUGUUGGCCUCUCACAGAUGUGCUCAACCGUUCUGAAGCAGGACCCUACUCAGUCUAUUGAGUUUCUGGCACCCUUCAAUCCGCGCGCUGAUGGCUGGCAGUCACCGUCAGGAGGGAGCCAUGGCCAAGCGUGUGCUGUGGCAAGGUAUGACUGGCUUGAUAUAGCUAUCGCAAGUGACUCAACUUUUAGUGGGCGCAUGCCCGCGCAAGCGGCUGGCUUGUUUUCUCUUCGGCCUAGUAUUGGUGCGAUCUCGACGCAGGGAAUGUGGUCCGGUGUACCUCACAUGGAUACACCCUGCUUCUUUGGCCGAGAUCUCUCGAAGUUCCGGGACUUUGCUCGAGCGUGGUACGCGGAUAAGCUACAGCACGCGGUAGACAAGCGUCGCCCAUACAGUGUGAUAUACUUCAGGGACUUCCUUCCCACUGAUAACGUCCUACAAAUGCAAGCUUUCCACGGCUUGGUACGGGACGUCGAGGGUUACUUCGGCGCGAGGGCGAAGGAGCUAUGUAUUGCUGACGAGUGGGCCAAUUCUCCCCCUGAAGAAGCCAGGGGACGAAAAUUGACCGAGUUUAUUGGGUCGGAGGUGGCCACUCGUUCAUACGUGUAUACGUUCUGGAAGCGCUUCGAGCCAUUUUGGAAUGAAUAUCGGUCGGCCUUCAACCGAAAGCCAUACGUUCCUCUUCCGACGCACGUAAACACGUGGAAAAAUGCAUGGAGUGUGACACCUGCUCAACACCAAGACGCUUUAGCACGCAUCCAAGUCUACAAGCACUGGAUAUUAAACAGUGUGCUUGGAGGCAACAGCAACACCAUUCUUCUCGCCCCUUUAGGUAAUGUGCGCCCAGCAUAUAGAGAUGAGUGGCCCGGAGUACAAGGCGGAGACCAGAUGCUGUGGUCUCCGCUCAUGUUGUCUCCGAUAUUAGGCGCUCCUGAGUUAAUAGUGCCCGUUGGCGAGGUCCCUUACGUCUCGAGAAUAAGCUCCAGAAAAGAAUUUCUACCCGUGUGUGUAUCGGUGAUGGGCUGGCCUGGGAGCGAUCUAGACCUUAUCGACGCGACUCUGAAUAUCCUCAGGGAGUCAGGAAGGCCGAGCGAGGUUAUAACUGGCAGCAGGAUGUUCGGGCAAUGAUGCGGCGAAAAUUUUCCAUUGUUUCUUACCACUGAAGACGAUUCGGGAAACAGACCACUAUCAAGAGUGGCCACGUCGGAAGAAUUCCAUGCUGGGGUGAGCCAACACUUGCUCG